UCGAUGUUUUAUUUUUGUUCAAGACGAAAAAGUUUCUGGCUCGUUUCUGGCUGUCUAUCAGCGACUUUAUUAGCAACCAAACUUUAUUCUUUUAUUCCCACCAACAAUUUGAAGACAUUCACAUUUUUGGGAAAAAAUCACUAUUGUGUAACAAUAUAACUUUAAAGCUGCAAUUCCUAAUGCUUCUGAAAUCUUGCAAAGAUUGUAAAAUUAUCAUAGCCAAGAUAAGUUGUUAAUCAAAAUGUAUCUGCUUAUCCCCUUUCAAAGAAUUGAUGACGUACUUUCAUAAUUUUGACAAAUAAAUCCUAUCUCAAACAUGCAAAAUAUUAUGAAUCUAUACUUUCACAGGCUCUUGUAAAAAUUAUGAAUGCCUUGGUAAACUACUUACAAGUGUAGUAGUGAUGUCUGACAAGAACGCACGUGUUAUAUGUGCUGUCUGCGAUUCGGCCGAAGACGACACUAAGGCCUUAAUUACGUGCUCUGUGUGUACCAAAAGCUUCCACCCCCGCUGCGUUAAUGUGAAUCUACGAGGUUUCUAUAAGAAGAAGAACUGGAUAUGUAACACCGCUGUUUGCCGUGAAACCUCCGAAGAUUCCGAGGAUAUGGAAUUCAAAAGUGACAUUUUCCUGGACGCAGAUGACAAAGUAGUAGAUUAUAAACUUUUCCAUUACAUUUUGAAACAGAAAGAUGAGUUAAUCCUCGAAUUAAGAGGUGUUAUCAAAUUAAUGAAGAGUCACAUUGACCUACUACACUAUAAAAACCCUGAAAACCCCGACAAGAAGGUCGGUAAGAAACCUGAUAACGAUAUCGCCAACAGCGCUGAAGGCGAACCAUCAAGAGAGACAGCAGCUAUGGUCGACACGAUUGAACACAUAAAAACGAGAAGCGACACUACAAUCAAAACAAACUCGAAAUUGCCAAAAUCGACCUUAAACAACACAAAAAAGGACGCUAAACAUCAUCAGACCCAAGAUACGUGAACGACUUCCCGGAAGUGAUCUGUGAACUACUUGAAAACAAACACGAAGAAAACCACGCCAGAUUCAAAGUAACCAUUAAUUUUGAAAACCUCGAAAAAAUUAACAAACCGGAAUAUUGGCCAAGCGGAGUUUUAAUAUCAAGAUAUUUUCACCCAAGGAAGCCACCGCAGCACCACAAAUGACCUCGAUAACAAGUGAGAGGAAACGUAGCAAAUUGUCCCAGGAACGUUUAACAACUGACAAUUGGUUGAAUAUUUUCUACAUUAACAUUCAGUCAUUGAGAUGUUAAAUUAACGCAAUAGAAUUAUUUUUUCUAGACAACCCUUUUGACAUUAUCUGUUUUAGCGAACACUGGCUGAAGAUGGAGGAAAUGGAGAUUCUAACAAUACUCAAAUAUAAGGUCGCUGGUAGUUUUUGCCGUAGCAACGGAUAUGGAGGAUGCGCGAUAUUGGUAAAUACUAGCAUAAGAUACUCGGUUGUAAAUUUAACAUCGGUUUGUAAAGAAAGAGUUUUGGAAGCAGCCGGAAUAUACUUAGUCGGCAAGGGGGUUUAUAUCAUUACCAUUUACCGACCGACAAAAUGUAAUUUUGAAGAAUUUUUAUACU